AUGGUUGUUGAUUACUUUCAACGACCAAAAAUCAACAAGACCACUGAGGGCAGUUUGCUGGAUCUCAAAGAAGAACUAUCGAUUUCUACAUUCAAUACCCGUCGUGUGGCCAAGAACUGCGAUGCACCGUCUUCUGGAGUUAUAGCAUCUGGUGCCAUCGCCCGGAUCAGGUUGAAGGUUUCACGACCCGCAGCCUUCGAGGAUGGAGACGUACGGAUAUUCCCGGAGUUUGAGGAUGUGGCGGAGCUGUCCGGAUCACGGACGGACCGUGGCAAGUUGACUGCCCUCCGAGAGCUUCUCAAAUGCCGUGCACGAGCGGUGUUGCACGCGGCACGAAGAGGCCCGGAGAAGAUGGAGUGA